UGAAGCAGAUUCAAUUUUUUGUUGCAGACUGCUUGGGGAGGUUCAAAAGGCCUCUGUGCUGUCCUGGUGUUCCAGUUUGCAUAGUAUGUUGUCCAGGGAGCGUUCACAAUGGCCGGAUUUCUUGCAGGGGUGCUCCAACGAGUGCGCUUUCUCCUUCGUUUACUGGUGUUCGCUUUGUUAGUAAUGUUUCUUUGUUCGGUGAACAUUGUCCAUGGCUUCAUUCUGACUUUGAUCACAUUCAAGACCAACCAUAUGAACUUGAGCUCAAUAUAUGGCCGUGUGUUGGCACUUGGCAUGAAGGUCUUCACAAGCACUGAGGUUAUUGUGGAGGGAUUGGAGCACCUCGAGAAAGAGCAUAGCUGCAUAUUCGUCUCGAAUCAUCAGAGUUCCCUCGACUUGCUCGCCAUGAUGGCCGUUUGGCCCCAGAACACCGUGGCAGUGGCAAAGCAGUCCGUCGUAUUCAUGCCUGUGUUUGGAAUAGCAGCGUACUUGAAUGGAACGAUCUUGAUUAAUCGUAAGAACAGCUCCGGAGCGAAACAACAAUUGAAUGCAGUAUUUCAGGGAAUGGUCCAAAGGAAGGGGCGUAUCUGGUUUUUCCCGGAAGGCACGCGCAACCGUACUAGCGACGGCAUGCUCCCGUUCAAGAAAGGUGCCUUCUUCAUGGCCAUUGAGAACCAGGUACCCGUCGUGCCCAUUGUCUUCUCUUCAAUGUCAGACUUCUACUCAAGAACGGAAAUGAGAUGGGAUAGUGGCAAGAUCCGUGUGAAAGCACUGCCGCCGGUCCCCACCACUGGAAUGUCGAAGGACGACAUGGAAGACCUCAUGAAGUCUGUAUCGUCGCAAAUGCUGGAUACACUAGAACAGCUCAACGGCAAGUAAAACACGUGUGUCGGCGCAAUGCCGUCCGUCCAUGCCCGCUCUGCUCACGGCAUAGCCGAUUGGUAAAGAUCCGCACUCUGUCGUGAAGUGAAGAGUUCCUCGUGUUCGGUGGAUCCACCCUAAUGGUCUACUUCUAUCUUGUCUUGUACUUAACUGACCUGCGUAUUGGACAGAGAACCUUACUCAAACUGACCUGCAUUCUUUUUUAUUAAAGCAAACUCUAGGAAUCUUUACAGGCUGUUGAUCACUUUAUUUUUUCCCCUUUCUCCGAAUUGAUUAAUGUUUUCGGAGCCUGAGAUUCUAAACUCCCUUCACUCUCACCGACCUGCACCCCAUCUCUGUCCCACACUGCCUUAAACAACGGAUCAUCACUGCCACCUUCCCUAGGGGCGUUAUACCUCUCUCGUGUACCUUGGCAGUUUGAUGUCCUGGUGUACACUUGGUUCGUGCCCUGCUAUUUUAUUUUCUUCUUUUAUUUAUGUUAGCUGCUUGCUGUUUGCAUCACUCGGGUCUAGGGUGUCAUAGUUGUUUCAGCUUGUGUGUGAGAGAGAGGCUAUGUUGGAUUUCAUUAUUGCUCCGUACGCUGUUUUAUCGUCCUGGGACAGGCAGGUGCUCUUCUACGAAAAUAUUAAGCUGAUCAUUUUUUGUUCAAACUCAGGACAUUAUCAUGAAACUUUUUAGCUGCCACAUAAAUACUUUUUUUACAUGUAAGUAAAAUAAUUUCCAAAACGCUGACUAAAGAAGAAUAAAAACGCUGAAGGCA